AUGGCUGAAGCACUUGCAUGCAAGGAAGCUUUAUCUUGGCUCAGAGACCGGAAUGUGACAGAUGUGAAUCUCUUAACAGACUGCUCGGAACUACGGAGCUCAUUACUCCAGGCUCCCACAUCUAUUCGAUCCUAUAUUAUCCCCUUUCUACGUGGCCAAGGCCUUUUAGGCUAUAUUGACGGCAGCCAUGUCUGUCCACCAGCGUUCCUCCCGGCAACGACACAGGCAGCCGGCUCCAGCACCACCGCGGUCGCAUCUUCCGAAAUCAACCCGGAGCAUGCGGCGUGGGUUCAACAUGACCAGCUGAUUAUGUCUCUUCUGAUCUCGUCGUUAUCCGACGAGGUCAUGCCAUUGGCGGUUGGCCGGGAAACGUCACGCGAGGUCUGGCUCUCCAUUAAUGACUCGCUGGCGUCCUCCACACGAGCUAGGUGUCUUAAUCUGCUCGGCCAAUUUCAGACGCUCCGACAAGGCAGCAUGUCGGCCUCGGAGUAUCUCGGGAAGGCAAAGAUGCUCGUUGAAGCCUUGUCCCUCGCUGGCCAUCGACUCACGCUAGACGAACAGGUGCUCUACGUAUUGAGCGGUCUUCGCCCGGAAUUCCGGGCUAUGGCGAGUGCACUCACCGUGACCGGCACACCGGUAACGCUAUCUCAGCUCGGCGACCUUCUGCAAGCCCAGGAUUUCAUCCAGGGAGAUGAGUUCUCGAUGGAGUCCGGGAAUGGCGCUCCAGUCGCCAUGUACGCUGGCCGUGGUGGCCAGUCGAGUGGGGGCGCCGAACGAGGUGGCCGGCACAGCAGCAACAAUCGCGGCCGUGGGCGAGGAGGCCGGAACUCCGGCGGCCGUGGCCGUGGCAGCCCUCGCUGCCAGAUCUGCAGGAGUCACGGCCACACCGCCGUCUUCUGCAACCGGCGCUACACCGAGCCUCCGCCGUCGCCACACGCCCACGUGGCCGUUGCAGGUACUCCACCAGCAGCAGAAACUACCCAGCCGGAGGUCUGGUUUCCGGACACCGGCGCUACCACUCACGCGUCGCCUGAUGAAACCAUGAUUGGGCAAUCCGAACAGUACACUGGCGGUGAUGUGCUGAAAGUGGGCAAUGGGGCAGGUUUGAAUAUCUCCCGCCCAAAGCGUCUCCCACAGUGUGGCAUCAACAUCUGGGUCACCCUCAUAAACAGGCUUUCCAACGGGUUCUUAAACACUGUCCGGUCACGUCAAAUAAAGCUCCGGUGUCAGAAAUUUGUUCCACUUGUCAACGAGGAAAAUCCUCCCGUUUUCCCUUAG